AUGGGCGGAUAUUUUUCCUCAAGCCAAACUUUCCCUGUCGUGAAGUCGUUUGAUUGUCAGUGAUUCGCAUGAUAGCAUGAGAGAUUUAGUGGCAAGGGUUUGACGAUAAGUGUAGUCAUCAACUGAAAUACGACCCUAUAAUAUUCAAGUAAACCUGAAAGACUUGAAUAUUUUGCCCAUUUUUGGCCGACAUUGCAAAGUUUACUGACCUUUGUACGACUGCAAGGUCAUGUCAUAUGUCAAAGUGUGUCAUGCGCAAACAAGAAAACAAGAUGGCGAUCCCCUUGACGAAGUCGCGCCGCUGUAUGCAUUUCUCAGUUGUCUUUCUGGUAAAACUAUCAAUGUUUACCUAUUUAAUCCUUGAUAUUGUGCAUUCUGCAGAAGAUAAGGAGAUUUCACAGGAGAAAGGCACAGACUUGUUUACUUCAGAGAAUCACAUCCAAGGAAGAGGCUCACCUGAUAGUGCCUCACCUGACUUGAUGACAUCAGCCGAACAGGAAAAUGAAGAGAUGUUUGAAAAUAUUUUAGAAAAAACAUGGCAACAAAUAGGAGAUCUUCAUGGGGGGAUCAGACCUGAAGUAAAAAUGGCAAAAGAAGGGACAGUUGUUACUGGAAAGGAAUAUAAACGUUCAAGGCCAGACUCUUCUACUCCUAUGGAUUACAUCCAACUCUUGGCGUCCUACAUGAGGCCUGAAGUGUUCCACAAGUUUAUUGAAGGUCUGAACAAGACACUGGAUGCCCACAAACAGUACUCCCAUCCUGAAUUCACCUAUGUAAAUACAACCGAGAUACAUGCAGAUGGAUCUCAACAACACAAAGUGAAAUAUCCUUGCAUGCACAGACCUACUGGAAACAGAACGUUGCAUGUUAAAAUUGUUAACAACACUGAGAUGAUGGAGUUGGUGAGCAGUGUUUACCAUCCACCGAGCCAAGACAAUUCGUCAAGCGUGCUGGGGGGUUACUGUGCAUUCGUGAUGUUUUACGCCCCCUGGUGUAAGUUUUCUGCUAAGGCUGCACCAGCUUUUAAUGCCAUCGGGAGAGCAUUUCCAGAUCUCGAGGUGUUAGCGAUUGAUGCCUUUCAGUAUAACAGUUUGAACACACGGUUUGGAAUUGUUGCCGUACCGAAUGUCUUACUCUUCCACAAUAGCAAGCCAGUCAUGAGGUUCAACUAUUCACAAAGGACAUUUGACGUCUUCAGUGGAUUCAUUAGGAACUUUACAGGUCUGGAACCCAAUUCCUCUGUCCAAGUCUCAGAAGAAGACUAUCUUGGUCCAGUCCCCAGUGUAGCAACAGAGGAAUCUGACUAUGCUCUCUGGCUGUCAUGGUUAUUCCUCAUCACUGUGUUGCUGUGGUUCCUCCAGCAACAAGUGGGUAGUAUCAUCAUGGAUCGCAUCAGGGUAUUUGCCAUUUAUGCCCGCCAGGUUUGGCGAACAGGAGAGCUGUAUGAUCAGGUUGGGGUCUUGGUCCAUGAACACCAUGACUGAGCAGGUAUUACCCUAAUCAAAGUGGCGAACUAAGCUUGAAUCCAGUUCCACCUACAUAUACUGACUUUGCUUUGUCUAUUGACAUGUGGAAGUCCAUUGCAGAAGUCAUUAAUGGGUGCCUUGCCAAAAGUGAUUGAUUGAUAUCUAUAGUCAUUGCUUCAAAGCUGGAAUCAUUGCCUAUUCACUCAAAGAGGGAACAGAAGAGGGCGUAUUUCAAAUGAAAUUGACAGUCCUUUGGUAUGAACUCACGGCAUAUGAGCGCAAGUUUUUGUGCAUUUGACAUUCUGAGUACAUGUAACAAAUUUUUUCUUGAAACACGUGCAAGAACCCAGUUGGAAAA